AAGUGUAAAUAGUUUCGGUUUCGGAAUGAGGGAUAUUUAAACGCUUGCAGUUUUGGAUUUUAUGUUUUAUGCGCAUGACGAAGUGUAAAUAGUUUCGGUUUCGGAAUGAGGGAUAUUUAAACGCUUGCAGUUUUGGAUUUUAUGUUUUAUGCGAAUAACCGAUGAAACCUGACGCGUUUACAAUUUCGAAAUGGUGUUACUGUAGUUGUGAAUAGAAAAGAGAUAUGGCUUGUGUAGAAAAUAACACAGAAGAUUUUGAAAUACUAAAUGUAGAAGAUAGCAACGAAAACUAUGACGAAGUGGAAGCGGAAGACAGCAUUGAAGACUUCGUGAAGGUAGAAAGAAAGGAGUGCAGCGAGAAUAAUGAAAUAUUGAAAGUAGAAGAUACAAGAGAAAUUCGUGAGAAAUCAGACAGCGUUAAAGAUUAUGAGAAAGCGGAAGUAGAGAAUACUAUUAAAGCCUGUGAAUACUCGAAGAAAUCGGAAAUGGAAUGUUCCAUAGAAGACUAUGAGCAGUCAGAAGUAAAAAAUAGAAGGGAAUGUGAGAAGUUAGAAGUAGAGGAUUUUAUGGAAGACUAUAAACAAUUGGAAGUGAUAGAUAGAAAAGAAGAAGUAGAGGAUUUUAUGGAAGACUAUAAACAAUUGGAAGUGAUAGAUAGAAAAGACUAUGAGAAAUCGGAUUUAGAAGAGAGCAAAAAGUUCUACGAGAAACUGAAAGAUAACAUUCUAAUCAUGAAUAAUAUCGAAGAUGCCUUGCUUAAAUUAUUCGUUUGGAUGGAAAAAGAAUUCAAACACUUAACAGAAAACAAAUACACUGUUCUUGAUUGUAAUAUACUUAACGCUCUACUCGGACAAUUCGUGAAAGAAUACGAAGACUUCAAAUUAAUUCAUGAAAGUUUUGUGGAUAAUUUUGUGGAAAUGAAUAAAUACUCCAUUUAUGAAAAGAAAGAACUGUUUGUUUUUAACUUUUCUUCUGCCAUUGAUAAUUUUAUAUCCUUCAACUCUAUAGAUCAAUCUAUGCACCAAUUUAAACACGCUUUGCAAUUUCCAUACGAAUAUGCAGAAUUCACGAUUUGCUUUUGGAAUUUUAUAGACUAUUUCUUUAGAAUCAAACAGUGUUGUUUGCCCUUUAAGGAGCACUUUAAUGAAGAAAAGAAUUUGAAAAUAGCACUUUGGAAUUGUUGCGGGUUAAAAGACAAAGAAAUUGAAUUUGUAAGAUACAUGAAUCAGGAAGAUUUGGAUAUCUUUCUUCUUCAAGGUACUCAUUUCAAUAAAUUCGAUUAUCCUGGUUACUUCGUGUUCCGAAACCCCGGUGAAAACGUCAUGGCUCUGCUCAGUAAAAAUGUAUGUCGUAAUGCCGAAGAACUCGAGUGUCCUAAUUCAUUUCGUGAUAAAAUUACAAAUUAUCAGAUUUUAAAAUUACAAUUAAAGGAAUACGAAUUGACUAUCGCUAAUAUUUACAAUCCAUACAGUUUGAAUGAGAACUUUGAUAUAACUCGAUUACCGCCAAUUUUAAGUAAAAAUUGUAUAGUCUUAGGAGACUUCAGCGCAUUCUCCAAGAAUUGGGGCGAUUGUUUCACAAAUUCUAUUGGUGAAAACGUGGAAAAAUUUUUACGCAUAUCUGAUUUUCAGUUACUCAACAAGUUUAUUCCAACCUCUGAUGAAAAAUUCGGUAACAGAAUCAUGGAUUUGGCACUGUGUUCGGACUUUCUUCUACCACACAUUACUUGGGAAGUGAAUGAAAGCAAUUUUGCGAAUGGUCGUCGAAUAAUUCGCAUGGAUAUUGACUUGGAAUCGUGAAAUGCUGGAAAUACAAUCGACCUCCAUAACACUGUUGAUAAUUCCGUUUUAUAUGAAUUCCAUGUUGUACAAGUCACUUAAAUUUUACAAAUACGUGUGCUGGGCUGUGAAC